CUUUGCCUCGCGCGCCCGCCGCCGCCGUCGGGCCUCGGAAUCGCCUCCGCCUCGGCCGCCCUCGCCACCGCGCCCCCUCCUCUUCCUCCCGGACCCGCCAACCGCCACCAUUGACGCCAUGUCGGGAUACUCGAGCGACAGAGACCGCGGCCGGGACCGAGGGUUUGGCGCCCCUCGAUUUGGAGGAAGCCGAGGAGGGCCCCUCUCUGGAAAGAAAUUUGGAAACCCCGGCGAGAAACUCAUUAAAAAGAAAUGGAACCUGGACGAGCUGCCCAAAUUUGAGAAGAACUUCUAUCAAGAACACCCUGACCUGGCUAGACGUACGGCGCAAGAGGUUGACACGUACAGGAGAAGCAAAGAAGUUACGGUGAGAGGCCACAACUGUCCGAAGCCAAUUCUCAAUUUCUACGAAGCUAACUUCCCCGCGAAUGUCAUGGAUGUGAUCGCCAGACAGAACUUCACUGAACCGACUGCUAUUCAAGCCCAAGGGUGGCCUGUUGCUCUAAGUGGAUUAGAUAUGGUUGGUGUGGCACAGACUGGAUCGGGAAAAACACUGUCGUAUUUGCUGCCUGCCAUUGUCCACAUAAACCAUCAGCCAUUCCUGGAGCGAGGUGAUGGACCCAUUUGCUUGGUCCUGGCACCAACUCGUGAGCUGGCCCAGCAGGUGCAACAAGUAGCUGCUGAAUACAGCCGGGCAUGCCGCCUGAAGUCCACUUGCAUCUAUGGAGGUGCUCCAAAGGGACCACAGAUCCGUGAUUUGGAAAGAGGUGUGGAAAUAUGCAUCGCAACCCCUGGAAGACUGAUAGACUUUUUAGAGUGUGGGAAGACAAAUUUGAGAAGAACAACUUACCUCGUCCUGGAUGAGGCUGACAGAAUGCUCGACAUGGGUUUUGAACCUCAGAUCCGGAAGAUUGUAGAUCAGAUUAGACCUGACAGGCAAACGCUGAUGUGGAGUGCGACUUGGCCGAAAGAAGUGAGACAGCUUGCUGAGGACUUUCUGAAGGACUAUAUUCACAUUAACAUUGGAGCGCUGGAACUGAGCGCAAAUCACAAUAUUCUUCAAAUUGUCGACGUGUGUCACGAUGUGGAGAAGGAUGAGAAGCUCAUUCGACUUAUGGAAGAGAUUAUGAGUGAAAAAGAAAAUAAGACGAUUGUUUUUGUGGAAACCAAAAGAAGAUGCGAUGAACUUACCAGGAAAAUGAGGAGAGAUGGAUGGCCUGCAAUGGGUAUCCAUGGUGACAAGAGUCAGCAGGAACGUGACUGGGUUCUAAAUGAAUUCAAACAUGGCAAAGCUCCUAUCCUGAUUGCCACAGAUGUUGCAUCCAGAGGGCUAGAUGUGGAAGAUGUGAAAUUUGUCAUCAAUUAUGACUACCCUAACUCCUCAGAGGACUAUAUCCACCGAAUUGGACGAACUGCCCGCAGUACCAAAACAGGCACAGCAUACACAUUCUUUACUCCUAAUAACAUAAAGCAAGUGAGCGACCUCAUCUCUGUACUUCGGGAGGCUAAUCAGGCUAUCAAUCCCAAAUUGCUUCAGUUGAUCGAAGACAGAGGUUCAGGUCGUUCCAGGGGUAGAGGGGGCUUGAAGGAUGAUCGCCGUGACAGAUAUUCUGCGGGCAAAAGGGGUGGAUUUAACACUUUCAGAGACAGGGAAAACUACGACAGAGGCUAUUCCAGCCUACUUAAGCGAGAUUUUGGGGCUAAAACUCAGAAUGGUGUCUAUAGCGCUGCAAGUUACACCAAUGGCAGCUUUGGAAGUAAUUUCGUGUCCGCUGGCAUACAGACUAGUUUUAGGACAGGUAAUCCCACGGGCACUUUCCAGAACGGUUAUGACAGCACUCAGCAAUACGGAAGCAAUGUCCAAGGAAUGCAUAAUGGCAUGAACCAGCAGGCGUACGCGUAUCCUGCUACUGCAGCCGCGCCUAUGAUAGGUUAUCCGUUGCCAACAGGGUACUCUCAAUAAGACUUGAGAAGUGUAUGUAAAUGUCUGUUUUUUCAUAAUUGCUCUUUCUAUUGUGUGUUACCAGACAGGAUAGUUAUUUAAGAAACAUGGGAAAACGCAGAAGUGACUGCAGUGCAGCAGAAAUUUAUGGUGCACUUUUUCGCUAUUUAAGUUGGAUAUUUCUCUACAUUCCUGAAACAAUUUUUAGUUUUUUUUUUUUUUUGUACUAGAAAAUGCAGGCAGUGUUUUCACUAAAGUAAAUGUACAGUGAUUUGAAAUACCGUAAAAGAAGGCACUGCAUGGCCUUCUAAUAAAGAUAUUUGGAGAUGGA